AUGGCUGGCUGCGACCUCCUCCUCGACCUGGGAGCCCGUAUUAAUCUUUACGGGGUCCGUGGCAAGAAUGCUUUGCAAGCGGCGUCGUCACGAAUGGAACUACUGCUGGUACAGUUCUUACUCGACCAAGGCGCGGAUGUGAACGCUCCAGCGCAUGACGAUGGCGGCCGCACGGCUUUGCAAGCAGCAUUGGAACAUGGCUACGAUGAUAUCGUAAAGUGUCUUCUGGAUGCCAAAGCUGAUGUCAGAGCACCUCCCGCUAAGCAGAGGGGCAUGACUGUUCUCGAAGCAUUCGCCCAUCAGCAUUUAACAAUUUUCUCGACUCGAGCUCUUGACUUCAACAUGGUCCCGGGAUUCCGAGACUGGCUGUCUCGAGGCGCACCAAUCAACCGUCCAGAUGGUGAUCAUGGAAAUGUCCUCCAUCUUCUUAUCCGCAAUCAUCUCAAGCCUAUCAUCGAAUGCCUCGAUAUAGCACUGCAAGCAGGAGCUCGAAUCGAGGACAAAGAUCGGUUUUCUCGUGGCCAGAAGACACCACUGCAGGUUGCAGCCGAAGUUGGAGACAUUGGUGCUGUUCGCCUACUGCUCAAUUAUGGGGCACAAAUCAACGCUCCCCCGGACGAUGAAUUUGGCCGGACAGCUCUAACAGGCGGCAUCACAGCAUUGCAAGGUGCAGCUAUCAGCGGCAACAUAAACAUUGCCAAACAGUUACUCGACCACGGAGCAGACGUCAACGCUGCGCCUGCGGUCGAAGAGGGCCGAACGGCAAUUGAAGGCGCAGCCGAACACGGCCGGCUUGACAUGGUGCGGUUCUUGAUCAGCGCCGGCGCCGUAGGGGACACGGAGAAGGGCUUCAGCAGAGCAAUCGAGCUUGCUGAGGAUGAAAACCACUUCACAGUCGCGGAUUUCCUGCGCGACCAGCAGGACUUGUCCGCUGGAUUCAGCACGGAGAUGGACGAUAUGCUUGGCGGAGACAUCUUCUCUCCGGUGCCAAUGCAGGGAUUUGUGUUGUCUGACGAGAAUUGGGCGAACUUUACUUUCCAAUGA